CUAUUACAGCUGUGGGCUUGGGAGAGAAUCCCAAAUAUUAGACCGAGGAUGCUAGAUCCCGUGCAUACAGACUAUCUACCAUGUGCAAGCGCGUAAGUUGUUCACUAAUUCAUUUUUUAAGCUUUAUGUUCAUCAAUCUUCGUGUUAUUCACUCAUAAUUUACAUUUUGUAGAUGGAAUGGUCCGGCGUCAUAUGUAAAAGCACCCGGACAUUGUAUUGAAAAUUUCCGAGAUCAGUUCUCCAUGAUGCAUGCCAACCAGUUUAUUUGGAUGCCUUAUCUCCAACGGGAGUUGCCGGAAAGUUGUGAUGCCGGUCGUCCUGUAUGGAUGUCGAUAACAACGCUUAUUUGCUGGAAUCUGGCUGAGCCACACCUGCCACACCGAGUGUUGCGCCAAUUUGGGAUUGUCCAACCGUAUAUCCCGCAACUCCCCCGGUUCCACGGUACUGAUUUUGCGAAACAGGAUCGUCGUGGAAAAGCUGGUCGAAAUUGGGUUGAUUGGCACGCCAAUUAUAUACAGGAGUGGGACAACAGGCACUUUUUGGUGUGGACUGAUCUGGAGUACAGUGAUGAGCCUGUUGCAACCGAAGAAUAUAUGGAUUGGUUUCGGCAGAUAACUGUGGUGUAUUUAACCAAACCUGGCGUGCAUGCUGAAGAGGGCUUCCACGAAACGGCAUCUUCUCAUAAAUUCGCGGUGGAGACACUUCACAACGUGCGCCACUUUCUAAGUGGCCAAGAUACGAAUGAACAUCCGGCUUUGGGAACCAUUUCGAGGAUGAUUGAAGAAGGACUGCGGAUAUCCGGGGAGGCUGAGCGGAUGGACUACCGUCCUUCGCAGCGCUCUGCAAUGGACGUGGACGUACCCGUAAGGCAAAAGGCAAAACGACGAACCAAGAAGAAAAUCGCCCGUGGAGAGUCGUCAUCUCAGCCCGUACACCGCUCCGAUGACGAUUUUGUGGAACCACCUCCACCUAGAUCUGCAAACAAUGUUCAAUUCAACUAA